AGUGAUUGGAGUUUGAAGUGUCUACAUUUCAUAUCUAUAGCCAUUAAAUUAUACAAUACAGGCUUUAGUGUAUUUGUUUUAUAAUGGAUAGGUUUGUCACAAGAAUUAACCGAAAAGAUGAUUAUCCACCAUCCACCUCUACAGUAUCAGUAACUGAACCCCAACAGCCUUCUAUUAGUUCUAUUCCAAAGGAGCAAUUUACACACACAGCAUCUACUUGGUCUAUAGAUACAGUUACAGAUACAGAUAGUCUUUCGGAGAGUCAAGAAUUAGAAACGUUACGAGUAAAAAAAAAGAAGAAAGUUUAUUCCCAAAGGUUUAAAGAGGAAUGGCUUAAACAAUUUAAUUGGUUGAAAUUAUUACAAAAUGGUGAAAAAUUAUGUAUAACUUGUAAUCAAACUUUAGAGGGUGGAAUAUCUCACUUGUUAAGGCAUGCUAAAAAUAUUCGUCAUAAAAAGAAAUCGCAAAAAAUUGUGAAAGUAGCAAAUAUUAAAUUAAUGAUGGAGGAAGCUUCAGUGCAUAAUAGGUUAUCAGUUUCUAUUAAGGAAGCAGAAUAUAAGUUAAUAAUGGGAUUAGUUGUAGAGCACAAUUGUCCAAUGUUAAUUAUGGAUCAUAUACCGAGGCUUCUACAUUCUUGUCUCACAGAUUCAGGAAUUGUUAAAAAUAUUAAUUGUGCAAGGACGAAGUGUACACAAAUGAUCCAUAUGUUAAAAAAUGAAGCUGAACUUGAUAUCACUGAGAAUUUAAAAACCAAUAAAUUUUCAAUCAUAAUAGAUGAGACAACUGACAUCUCUUCGAAGAAAUGCUUAGCUGUAUUAGCAAGAUUUAUUGAUAAAAAAAAAAUGAUGAUCACCGAGCAACUAUUUUCAGUACUCGAAGUAAAUGAUUGCACUGCAAAUGGGCUUACCACUGCAAUAAUAUGUCUUUUAAAUAAACAUAAAAUAAAUCCCACAAAUAUAAUUGGUUUAGCUGCUGAUAAUGCUGCUGUAAUGAUGGGCGAUAUUGGUGGAGUACAAGCAAAAUUAAAAGAGAAAAUAAAUCCCAAUAUUUUUGUAAUUGGUUGCAUAUGCCAUAGUUUACAUUUAUGUGCAUCUAUGGCAUCCAAAAAGAUCCCAUCAGAAAUAGAAGAAUUUGUGCAAGAUAUUUAUAAUUAUAUCUCAAGAAGCCCAAAAAGAUUAAAUAUUUAUCAAGAAUUUCAAGCAUUUGUUGAACUGAAACCGCACAAGAUGCUUAAACUAAGUCAAACCCGAUGGUUGUCGUUGGAGGCUGUAGUAGUGCGUAUUUUAGAACAAUGGUCAGCACUGAAACUGUUUUUUACACAUGAAGUUGCUGAAGAAAAGGAAUUGCAAAAAGCAAUUAAUAUUUUAGACAAAUUUAAUAAUGUCAAUGUGGAACUCUAUCUUACAUUUUUGUCUUAUAUCAUACCACACAUAAAUAAAAUGAAUUUGGAAUUUCAAUCUGAGGAGCCCAAACUAUAUUUAUUAUAUAACCGAAUUAGCACACUUUACAAAACAAUACUGAAAAAUUUUAUGAAGUCUGAUUAUAUUGACAGAGCAAAGAAUAUACAACAAGUCAAUCCUUUGAAUGUACAUGAGUAUUUAUCAAAUAAAGAUAUUUAUUUGGGCCAAAAAACUGAGCUACUUAUUAGAAAGCAUUACUUGCAAAUGCAAAAUUUAACUCUUUUCUAUAAUAACUGUCUGAAUUUUUAUGUAGAGCUAUGUUUACAAAUUCGUGAAAGAUUUAAAAAUGUUGAUCAAUAUGAAAAUUUUCAGUUACUGGACCCAAACUUGCUUUUAAGCAAGCCAACUUCUUUGACACCACUUUUUGAGCAAUUUCCUCAUUUACUAAAUGACAAUGUGGAAGAAGUGGCUUCAGAAUGUAGGGAACUGUGUAAUUUACCAGACACUAUAAAAAAUAAUUUGAAAAUACUAGAUUUCACUGAAUUUUGGUUCGAAUUAUAUUCUAUGAAGAAUUCAUUGGAUCAGAAUAUAUUUGCUAAUGUAUGUGAAUUUGUUUUUAAUGUACUGAGUCUUCCUCAUAGCAGUGCAUCAGCUGAGAGGAUAUUUUCUCAAUUAAGUCUUAUCAAGACUAAAUUACGAAAUCGCUUGUUACCUGAAACAUGUAAUUCGCUUCUAAUGGCAAAAGGUUUACUUGGCAAGACUCCUUGCUUUGAGUGGAAACCUAGUCAGUCCUUACUUCGGAAAGACAUUUUUUAUGCUUACAAAUAAAUAAGAUCGUUUAUGUGUGUGUAAUACAUAGGUACCAUGUAUUUAUUUGUACUAUAACCGAUGUUUGUUUCUAUUUUUUAUCAUUAGUAUAUCAUUUCUAAUGUGACAUUUAUGUGACUUUAUUUUCUGAAAAUAAUUUAUUUUUUAUUAUUUAAAGAAUGUGUUGAUUGUACUUAUUCUUUAUCAUUAGUAGGUAUUUUUUAUUUCU